UACGCAGGGGCUUUCCUCGGUGACGUGAAUGGAAAAGAGAAUCAAGCUGCGGACAUAAUCUGAGCGAUAUCUCGUGCAGGGCAGGGAAAAAGGGCUGACAGCUUCCCCUCGGACUGAUUCUCGGGGAAUGUAGUAGCGGAUGCCUCUAGGGUGAGAUUUGUCAGAUUUACAGGACAGUUGGUUGAAUGUACAUGGUGUACAAUAGCCCCGAGGCUCACUGCGUUCCGCCCUAUUCUGCUUCACUGGAUCUCAGCGCUAUCAGAUCCAUCUGUACGACCGGCCGAUUCAGAAGAAGAGAACAGCAAACUGGAGCGCACACAUCUCGGCUCUGCGAGCAAGAGAAUUUAACGGAGCCAAAAGAGGACGAGCCCUCAGAAAGGAUUGCCAGAUUCAUUUUUUACUAACAACUUAAACUUCCUAGUUGUCUUUAAACGCCCCGUUUUUAAUUGACAGUAUCUGUCAGUUUUGUAGUUCGUAACACAUCUUUUUCUAUUUACGAGAAGAUUGUUGGAGUGAAAGGACUUUUUUCCCCCAUCCUUUUCCCUUUUGGCUCAAUUAGUCUAGUUAUCUUUCAGUUUAUUGUUUAAACAAGAAUCCUUGUUGUAGUUAUGACUUCAUAAAUAGAAUGUUCCUAACUGGAAUUUGUUGAGACCUUCACAAACAUUCUUUUGUGUAUCGGGAGUGUCCGUGUCCUUGAGGUUUAGAGCUUCAUUGAAAUCAUUCCGUGGAAGGAACUGAGACGCUUCACACGAGCUCCUCUAACCCAAACUCCCUGACCUCUCGUAACGACUCAAGUGGAAGAACAUUACACGAUUUUGGGAAAUGGGAUCCGAAAAGGACUCUGAAUCACCCCACUCCUCUGUUAGCGGCAUUCCCAAUCCGAAAUGCCGAGGGCCGGGCAAGAAGCAAGGCAGGAUCUCUUUUCAUAGUCUCUUCCAUAGCAAACGCGGAUCCAGGGGGAACAAGGCUAAUGUGGGAACUCCUCUUGCGCAACAGCUGCACCAACAGCAACAGCUCCAGCAACAGCAGCUUCUCCAGCCCCCCACUCCCACUAAUGUUUCGUCAGACCCCUCAACGGCAGACCCGGCUGAACCGUUGUCCGCUAGCCAAGCCUCUUUAGGAGGUCAAGAACUCCUAGAGUGUCCCCUGUGCCUGGUGCGGCAACCUGCGGAGCAGCUCCCUGAGCUCCAGGGAUGCAGCCAUCGGUCUUGCCUGUGCUGUCUACGCCAGUACUUGCGUAUCGAGAUCACGGAGAGCCGAGUGCAGCUCAGCUGUCCGGAGUGCGCCGAACGACUUGUCCCAAGGCAGGUGGCCCUCAUCCUGGAUGAUCCCAACCUGAUGGAGAAGUAUGAAGAGUUUCUGCUGCGCCGCUGCCUGGCGUCGGACCCUGAUUGCCGAUGGUGUCCAGCUCCGGACUGUGGAUUCGCAGUCAUCGCCUCUGGAUGUGCCAGCUGCCCCAGGCUGGUGUGCCGAAGAGAAGGGUGUGGUGCUGAGUUCUGUUACCACUGCAAGCAAGUUUGGCAUCCUAACCAGACCUGUGAUUCGGCCCGUCAGCAGAGGGCACUGUCCUUGAGAACGCACAGUAACCAUUCACCCAGCUACACGGCCGAGCAGGGACACACUGAUGACAUCAAGCCUUGCCCCCGAUGCGGUGCCUACAUCAUCAAGAUGAACGACGGCAGCUGUAAUCACAUGACCUGUGCUGUGUGCGGCUGUGAGUUCUGCUGGCUCUGUAUGAAGGAGAUUUCAGACCUGCACUACCUCAGUCCAUCAGGUUGUACGUUCUGGGGAAAGAAGCCAUGGAGUCGCAAGAAGAAGAUUCUGUGGCAGCUGGGCACUUUGAUUGGUGCACCGGUGGGCAUCACUCUAAUUGCUGGCAUCGCAGUUCCUGCUAUGGUUAUCGGCAUUCCUGUUUACAUUGGACGCAAGAUCCACUCGCAUUACGAGGGAAAGAAAACGUCCCAUCAUAGGAGGAAUCUCGCUAUCACUGGUGGUGUGGCUCUGUCAAUCGUCACGGCUCCAGUCAUCGCUGCUGUCAGCGUGGGCAUUGGCGUCCCCAUCAUGUUGGCAUAUGUGUAUGGUGUUGUGCCUAUCUCUCUGUGCCGCGGCGGGGGCUGCGGGGUCAGUCGGGGGAAAGGACGAGGUGUUAGGAUAGACUUUGAUGAGGAUGACGGGCCUAUUACAGUUGCUGAUGCAUGGCGAGCCCUGAAGUCACCCAGCUUGGGCGAGAGCAGUUUGGAGGGAGGAGCCAGCGGCCUCAGCACCACCUCUCCCAGCGAGGGUCUGUCCGUUGCCCCAGGGGGCCUGGGAGACACACCCCACUUCAACACACUCGCAGGAGGAGCACUUGGUGCAAGGACAGGAAAAUACAGCAGGCUGGAGGUGCAGGCAACAGAGCUGGGAAAGGAAGGUGCUGGAAGGGAGACGGGCAGCUUGGGAGCGGCCAGUGACUGUGCCAGCACUAGGGGCAUGGCUGGGUCAAUCACUUCCUCUUACACCUUACCUGACAGAGAGGGCACUAACCUUGAGAUCCAGGUGGACAUUGAAACGAAACCGAGCCAUCUGUGUCUAACCACUGAAGAGGAUCUGGCUCCGCCCACUGCCGCCAUGGCUCCCGGCUCGGGGGAGGAGCCUCAGGACUGCAGCUCCCGCAGGAGCGGGGUCAUCAUGGAUUCCCCUCUGGGCCUGUCGCCAGGGAUGUCACUCAGGGAGGGUCUCCGAGACGUCACCCUCGCUCAGCCGGAAAGUAUCCGCAGUGACCUAGAGAUGUCCGACACGCAGUCGGACGACAUCGCAGAGCUGACGUCUGACGACUGUGACUCGCCCCGCCCCAAGAUAUGCCACGCCGCGCCCCCGCCGCAGACCACCUGCAGAGCCUUGAACCCCACCGACAGCCUGCACUGUCCCGACAACGUCAUUCUGUACGUGUGAGAGAGACUCUCAACAUUGCACAAAGCCAACCGUUUCUGAGCUUUCGACGCUUUACCUGUUCAUUUGCUGCUUUUUAUAAUUAUUAAAACACCGUAAUGGCAUCCAGACAGCUCAUGGAACUGAACUCAUCGCUCUUGCUCGCUUGUCCCGUCUGGCUGUUACAGGCACGGACAGGUCCUCUACCUCUUCAGAAAUUCAUACUGUUAUUCGUUGUUUGAUGUUGCGGAAAUGCCUUGAGCAAAAAAAGCGCUGAAUCGGUACUAUCGCGACCAGGAGAAUUUUUUGGGAAAACAAACAAACAGACAAAUAAUGUGAAAUGUCGCCAAGCACAUGUAUACGUGAGAGGCUUUGAGUGGUUUGUGUAUGGAUGACACAUUACAGUAUUGUUUGUAUGUUUGUUUUACUCAACCCGGAAAUUGUAUGAUUUGCCGCAUGCUAGUAUUGUUUUGGUCGCGCUGGCCUGGUUUGCACAGAAGAACACACACAGUUAAGAUUGAGUAAGGUCAGUGUGAUGGGAGACUGAUCCGAAAUUCACUAGCAGACAGUUUGACUUGAAUCACUGACUGCCUGCCUUACAGACAGAGCACAUGCACUCCGAUCCCUUACACUGUCUGUGACUCACUGACAACACUGUUUGUGCCCUCUUGAGCUGAGACGUGAGAGAUGGAUGUAUGUGUGGAUGUUUACCAGUGUUGAUUUUAUUGCUGGGUAUUAAAAUCAUAUAGUAUCAAGGAUGGAACUGCCAUUCACAUGCAUGUCUGUUGUUGUUAUUAAUAUUAUUUAAUUCAGAUUUUUGGCCUAUUUUAUCUUUUAUCUCUAAGCACAUGGCUUUUGAAUUUUUAUUUUGCGCAAUUGUAGUUUUUUAUGUUAAUUUUCCUGCUAGCUGGAUGGAUGGAGAAGAGAGAUGGAUUGGAUGGAUGAGCACUCCUGCACUUUAUCCCACUAUUUAUCAUCGUUCUACAUUGUAGGCUUAUAUUUAUGCACUUCCUUUUUUUCUUUUGGAGCUUCUCUGGGAAACAUUUGAAUGGUGUAGUCAUGAUUUUUUUUAUUUAAUUUUGGGUGUAAUUGUUUUGAAUUCUUAACAUGCUAUGCUUUCUGAAUCUCAUAAUUGUACUUGGCUGCAGAAAGAGAAUCUUCGGUUUUUACAUGUAAUGAUGGAUUAGUUUGGUCUUGUAAUCACAAAAAAAGGAUUUGUAGUUGUCACAUCUUUUUCUUUUUUUUUCUUUUUUUUUUGGUUGUGUGACGAUGCUUUCUUAUUUUCAGGUUUAUGAGCGGAUUGUGAAAACUACUUGGUAAAUUUGAACUUUAAACUGGUUAUGGUGAAAUGAGUGUUAACUAAAUUCAGUUACAUAAGCAAUAUGCUGAAAAGAAGGUGUGUUAAAUCUGGCAUUGUUUUGUACAUCUCCACAAAGAAAACUGCACUGGCUGUGAGUGUUUGAAUCGACAUGAAAAUAAACAUUUCCUCCUUUGUGGCAAGUUUGACUUAUUUAUU